AUGGUUGCGCGAUUCUUUUACGGGAACCCGAUAGAGGAGGAAGUCAACACGUUGACUUCCGAGGACGUACCGAACCACGAGCUCGAAAUUUCCAGCGCACUAAACUUUGCCGACAAGGUCCGCUCCAAAGAGUACAGCGCCAAGGAGGUGGCUCGUAUUCUACGUAAGCGCUUCGAGGUGCAGAACCCCAAUGUGCUCAUUCUGAACCUCAAGCUGACGGACAUAUGUGUCAAGAACGGAGGCAGCCUGGUCCAGCUCGAGAUAUCUAGCCGAGAGUUCAUUGACACCAUCGUGGGGCUCCUGGACUCCAAGAGCGGACGUGACUACGAGCUGCGGCAGCUUAUUUUGACCGUGAUCCAAGAGUGGGCCGUGGUGCUAAAGGACAACAACGAGAUGGGCUAUGUCGCUGGAGUGUGCGAGCGGUUGAAGCGGAUGGGGUACACAAUGCCCAAAAUCGAUGCUGCUGCGUCGACGGCCAUGGGAGACACAGCCAGUGCGCCCGAGUGGGAGGACAGCUCGGUGUGCCAGCGGUGCCGCACUGCCUUUUCAUUCACCAACCGCAAGCACCACUGCCGCCACUGCGGCAAGUGCUUCUGCCAGGACUGCUCGUCAAACAGCACGCCAAUCCCCAAGUUUGCCAUCUACGAGCCGGUACGCGUGUGCCAUGGCUGCUAUCUGCGCUUGAAGAAGAUUGUGCCUGCCGCCGACGAUCAGCCCUUGUCCAACGAUGCCAAGGAUACGACUGACUGGAGCCAGAUGGACAGAAAGACCAGCAUCCCGGCGAGCUCUGCGCCGGCUGGGACGCCUGACGUCAACGAUGAGGACGAAGAUCUCAAGCUUGCCAUCGAGCUUUCGCUCAAGGAGGCUCAGCAGCGGCCCAAUUAUGCAGAUUUCAUGCGGCCCACCACAACCACGGCUGCUGCUGCCUGCUGCUGCUGCUACCACGACUGCUGCUGCUACCACGGCUGCUGGUACUGCUUCAACACCCGCCUACACGUCACAGAUCACAUACCCGGCGCUGUCGAGCAGCGAGCCUUAUCCGCUGACCAGAUGAUCCUGAUCUGCGUGCAGCCUAUUGAAGCCUCUCUUCAGGAUAUCAAGAGCAGCACUGCUGGACCCGACUAUCUCAGCGCACCAGUGCAGCCAGCACCUGUCUACGCUGAGACCCACCACAGCUUGGACUUCAUGCCCCAUGUGCAGGAAGAGGACAACGAUGACGAAGAGCCGCUGACAUCCGACGAGCGCGAGAACGUACAGCUGUUCGAGUCCCUGUUGACUCGCAUCCGCGACAGUGGCCAGGAUAUUCGCCAUGACCCUCAGAUCCAGUACCUGCACGAGAGCAUUGAGCAACUUCAUCCCAAGAUCACUGAUGCGGUUGACCACGUUGACCAGAGACACAAGGGAGCUUAUUAAGCUCCAUGACCGUAUCCUCACUGCGAUCCGUAUCUACGACCAGCUACUGGACAAGCGGCUGCGCUCGAGCUCGUUCCUCUCUACUGGCAUAGCGCCUCUAGGCAUUGCUCCACACACGCCCGCUCCUACAUCGAUGUAUCCGACAAUUCCCCCCCAGUCGCCGCUGCCAGCAUCACACCAGUCAUUCUACCAGCCUCCUUCUGCCCAGCCCGCGUACUUGCCGUUGCCUCAGCAGCAGCAGCACCCGACUCCUUCCCAGCCCCAGCACCCAGACUACCUUCCCCAGAGCCCUCAAGGACCUGUACCUGUCCAGUACACGCAGCCACCGCCACAGCAACAGC